AUGGCGAGAAAUAGUGAGAAAGCACAAUCUAUGCUCUUCCGCUUCAGGGAGCAGCAACAAGCAGAACUCGGGCGUACAGGGAUCAUCGAUUCAUCUAUGCGAAGACCAAAACGAAUCACAGAAGUCGAAUCCAUCCCAGCAUGCGAGAAAUGGCGAUCCCAAGUCGUCAAAGAAAUCUCCCGCAAAGUGACAAAAAUCCAGGACCCUUCAUUAUCAGACCACCAAAUUCGUGAUUUGAAUGACGAAAUCAACAAACUUAUGCGUGAAAAACAUAUUUGGGAACUCCAGCUCCGUAAUCUCGGUGGACCGAACUACAUGCGUUUUGGAUCUCGGAUCUAUGAUUCCGAAGGGCGGGAAGUUGCCGGUAAUAGGGGCUACAAAUAUUUCGGGCGGGCACGGGAGUUACCCGGGGUUAAGGAGCUGUUUGAGGCGUUGGAGGUACCGAAGGAGGAGGUGGGGAGGAAGAAGGUGCGGAGUGUAAUGGGUGUAGGGAGUGGGUAUUAUGGGUAUGGAGAUGAAGACGACGGGGAACUGCUAAAAUGGGAAGAGGAGAGAGAGGAGGACGCACGGAAAACGAUUGAAGAACAGGACGGUGGGGAGCCGGAGAGGGGAUGGGAGAGGAUACAGAGGUUUGACGUACCGAGCCAGAAAGAGGUGGAGGGGUUCUUGCUGGAGAAACGGAAACAGAGGUUAUUAGAUCGGAUAGGCUAA